CUGGACAAUAGCUUGUUAAUUUUCUUUUCUACUGCAAUAGUCAUGAUGAGUUCUACUUUGAUGAUGCAUUGCUCCUUUUGCAUUCAUGUACUCAUCCUUUUAUUCACUUCUAACUGCAUCAUGAGCUUGCUAGGUUCAGGCUCAAAUGAGACAGAUAGGCUAGCCCUGCUAGCAUUCAAGGCUCAUAUAACUCAUGAUCCUCUCAAAGUCAUGAGCUCAUGGAAUGACUCCAUUCCCCAUUGCAGAUGGCCAGGGGUCAUAUGCAGUGAUCAUCAAAGCUAUCCAAGGAGGAGGGUCACAGCAUUGCAUUUGCAGUCUCUUGGGUUGGUGGGAUCUAUGGCACCAAACAUAGGAAACCUCAGUUACCUUCGUGAGAUCUGGCUCUUCAACAAUAGCUUCCAAGGUGAAAUCCCUCCUGAAAUUGGCUAUUUGUCUAGGCUUCGUCUUUUAAUCUUGGCAAACAACACAUUUGAAGGGGAAAUCCCAGCUAACAUAUCAGGUUGCUCCAAGCUUCAAGGACUUGGUUUAGCCAGAAACAGUCUCACCAGAACAAUUCCGACGCAACUCGGCUCCUUGAAAAAGCUUGUAUACCUUUCCAUUCAUGAGAACAAUUUAGUGGGAGAGAUGCCACCUUCUUUAGGUAAUCUUUCAUCUCUUUCCAUCCUUUCUGCAUCAGAAAAUGGUUUGAUAGGAAAUAUUCCUGAUGCACUUGGCCAGAUGACAAGCUUAACCUUUCUUGGGUUUGGUGGAAAUAAGUUAUCUGGUAUGGUCCCUCCCUCUUUAUAUAAUCACUCCUCACUUGAAGUUUUUGAUGUGGGAAACAAUCAACUUCAUGGGAGCCUUCCACCAAGUUUAGGCUUCAGUCUUCCUAAUCUGCAAUCAAUUUUGAUAUUUGGAAACCAAUUUACUGGACAAAUCCCAAAUUCACUAUCCAAUGCUUCAAUUCUCUCAGAAAUUUCAGCUCAUAAAAACCAUCUUACUGGGAAAGUGUCUAUUAAUUUUGGAGGCCUAUCAAAAUUUACUCAUCUUAGUUUGGGUCGAAAUUUUCUAGGUAGCGGAGAAGCCGAUGAUCUCAGUUUUAUCAACACAUUGAUCAAUUGUAGCAGUUUGAAAAGAUUUUAUAUUUUUGAUAAUCAGUUUGGUGGUGUGCUCCCCAGUUCUAUAGCCAACUUGUCAGUCCAACUCGAAAGUUUAAGAGUAGCACAAAAUCAAAUAUCUGGAAACAUUCCAGAGGGGAUCGGCAACUAUAUGAACUUAGAUUUCUUGGAUUUGAGUAUGAACUUACUCACAGGAAAUAUUCUAAGUUCAGUUGGGAGACUUCAAAUGCUACGGAAACUUUCUUUAUUUGGGAACAGAUUCACUGGGAAAAUCCCAUCUUCCCUUGGAAACCUCACACUAUUGAUGUUCCUCUAUUUAGACAGUAACAGUUUGCAUGGAAAAAUACCUUCAAGUCUUGGAAGUUGCCAAAAUUUGUUGAGUUUGGAUCUUUCACAGAAUGAAAUCAUCGGUGCCCUGCCUAAAGAUCUUUUCUAUCUGUCCAAUUUAGUUGAACUAAUUUUGGACCAAAAUCACUUAGUUGGUUCUCUACCUCUUGAAGUGGGUCAAUUGACAAAUCUUGCAAUCUUAGAAGCUUCUAAGAACAUGUUGUCUGGUGGAAUUCCUAGUACCCUUGGUGCUUGUAUAAGCUUGGAGGACCUUAAUAUAGCAGGUAACUUAUUUCAAGGAUCUAUUCCUACUCCUUUGAGUUCUCUUAGAGGUCUUCAAUUUUUAGAUCUUUCAAGUAACAACUUUUCUGGUCCAAUCCCAAAAUAUUUGGAAUCAUUUAAGUUCUUACAGGUUUUAAAUUUAUCAUUUAAUCAUUUUGAGGGUGAGGUCCCAGUAGAGGGAGUCUUUGGAAAUGUGAGUGCAACUUCAGUAAUUGGAAACAAUAAGCUUUGUGGAGGAGUUCCCCAACUUAAUUUGCCAACAUGCCCUACACAAAAGCCAAGGAAAGGUAGAAUUUCUCAAGCUUUGAAGCUGAUUAUUACCAUCAGCACAAGUGGAUCUCUUGUAUGUCUAAUUUCUAUCAUAUAUUUUCUCAUCAUUUACUGGAGAAGAAGAGAAAUAACAGAGUCCUCUAUGCAUCUGAGUUGGGAUGAACAUGAACAUUUAAAGAUUUCUUAUGCACAACUCCUUAAAGCUACUGAUGGAUUCUCUUCAAGAAAUCUGAUUGGUAUGGGUAGUUUUGGUACUGUAUACAAAGGACUUCUGGAUCAUGAGAGAACAAUUGUUGCAGUAAAGGUCCUCAACUUUGGAAAACGAAGUUCUAAGAGUUUCAUGGCAGAAUGCAAAGCCCUUAGAAAGAUUCGUCAUCGUAAUCUUGUUAAAAUCUUAACAGUUUGCUCAAGCAUGGAUUAUGAAGGAAAUGAAUUCAAAGCUUUAGUUUAUGAGUUCAUGCCUGGUGGGAGUUUGGACUGCUGGUUACCUGCAAAUGUAAAUGGCCAACAAGGUGAACAAAGACACCUAAACCUUCUGCAAAGAUUGAAUAUCACCGUUGAUGUGGCUGUGGCAUUGGAUUAUCUUCACUACCAUUGUGAAAUGCCAAUUAUUCAUUGUGAUGUAAAGCCAAGCAAUAUUCUUCUUGAUGAGGAUUUGACUGCACAUGUGGGUGAUUUUGGGAUAUCAAAGUUCCUUUUAGAGACUGAAAGUAAAACAAGCUCUAUUGGAAUAAAGGGAUCUUUCGGCUACAUUGCUCCAGAGUAUGGUGCAGGUGCUAAGGUCUCCACACAUGGUGAUGUUUACAGCUAUGGGAUUCUCUUGUUAGAGAUUUUCACAGGAAAGACACCCACACAUGAAAUGUUUAGGGACAACUUGAAUCUUCAUUCUUGGGCUGAGAUGGCUUUACCCAAUGGAGUGAUGGCUAUUGUUGAUCCAUUACUUCUCUCUAUUGAAGAUGAUGAAGAGGAGGCACCUACUGUGGCCAGAGAUAUAAACAAUCGACGACAUAUGAAGGAUAGGGUGCCACAAUGCUUGAUUUCAGUUGUUCGAAUUGGAGUUGCUUGCUCAGCUAAAUCCCCAAAGGAUCGAAUGAACAUGAGCGAAGUAGUCAAAGAACUUCAUUUGAUUAGAGACAAUUAUCUUGGAGUUGGUAAUCAUUGACAAAGAUGAACCCAUUUGUAGCAGGACCUAUGGACCUUGUUAAGUUUCAUCCCUUAAGAACUUGAAUUGGCUUUACUUGUCCAUGAUUCUAAAUUUUAGCUUGUCUAUUAGCCGACUAAGUUUGUGCUUUUGUACCUAUCAAAAAAGAAAAAAAUGUUUGUGUUUUUGUUACUUGGAUUACAGAAAUAUUACUGCCAGAGCUCUCUCUCUUUCAAAUGUAAUGGCCUAUCUAAUAAUGUUCAAUGCUUUUGUGGGAUUAUCUC